AUGCCACCUAAAGUGAUUUUUGGUCUUUUCGUUUUCCGUACCUGCUCGGGUUUAAUGGAACAGUCCAGCCAGCUGCUGCUGCCAAUUGCAGUCUGCACAGCAACCCUACUGUUAGAGCUACAGGGCUUUUACCAACACUUAUAGGAAACAACACAACUGUCCCUUAUGCCUUCCUUAUGGGGGGAGAGAAGAAGAGAAAACUGUUCUGGACAACCUAAACUACAUCGAGAUGGACAUACACACGCAACAAGCACACACGCACACACACGUAUGCAUACUGUACAUACAGUGUAAUACACAUGUAAAAUACUCUGUCUCUGCCAGGACAGUAGUGACGGGAGGGAGGAGGUCCAGCGGCAGAGCCGGCACAGCCAGAGGCACCAGAGCCGGGGGCAGCAGCCCGACGAGGUGGCCCAGUGGUGGGGAGAGUGGAGCAGCUGGUCUACCUGCUCCAGGACCUGUGGAGGAGGGGUGCGCUCUCAGGAACGACACUGUCUGCAGCAGAGGUAAAGAUACACCAUCACUGACCUGACGAAGAUCCACUCUUGGAUUGAAACGUUGCCAAACAAAAAGGUAUGUGCUGGAGCAAUCGUGUGUGCGGGCCGUACAUUAUUUCUACAACAUCCUGGGCCAGAAGUUUUUCCUGGUCAGGAAAUACAGGAAACACUUGGGAACCUAACUAACCAUCACUUCUCUAAAGCUGCCACUGCCUGCUAUGGUCUUUAGGCAGGUAGAGAGCCAACCCAAUGCUAGAAUUAACUAGGCCAGUGGGACCAAGGAGUCAGGCUGCUAAUCAUUAUGGCUACUCAAAUUGGUUAAAAAAAGUUUUGAAAAGUCAGCUUGCCAACUCAUUAAUGUUGUUUGUGGAAUACUCUCCUGGAGGAAAAUUAGACCCAACACUUACAUUUGUUUUUGGGUUAUAACACACUGUAUGAGAUUUCUGUUAGAGUGACAAUAUUUCCCACAACAUGCUAGCUAUGAUGACAGCUACCAAAAUGAACUCCAAUUCAAUUGUUCCAUACUCCAAAGUCUCAUUCAAAAAGCCUGGAAUUUGAGGUUCAACCAUCACAGAGUCAACCAAUCAAGACUUAUAAAACGCUUCCUGUUUCCUGCUGUCACGAACUGUUACGACACGCUUUACACCAUUACACUUAUGACAGCCUAAUGUAGGCAUUACAACACACACACACUUACUUCCAAAUGUUCCGGAAAUGUCUCCCAGCAGUGGUCUGAUCAGGCCUGACAAGCUGCAGUGCUGCUAGUACACACACACACACACACACACACACACACACACACACACACACACACACACACACACACACACACACACACACACACACACACACACACACACACACACACACACACACACACACACACAGUUUGACCCUGAACUGAACCCACUCCUCAUACUGGGGGGUGUCAGUCCUCAUCAGCGGGUUUGACUCCAGAGCUCAUUUAAACGGCUGGUAAUUGGGGGCUCAAUGAUCUCCGGUCUGAAGUGUCCAUGUUCAAUCCUGCCCGACGGCCCCUGCUCUUGGUGUGUGACAUAACAUGUACUAUAACAUAUACCAUAUAACAUGUAUAUGUGUUUUGUAUGUGGAGUAAUCAAGUAAUAAUGCUGAUGGAUUUAUUUGAGAACUGGGUUUGUUAAAUGGAAGGUGGAUAGGGGUUUUCAUUAACUUGACAGUUAUGUGGAUUAACAGUUUCUAGGGAGACAAAUACAUAACGUCAUAUUUCCAUGGUUUAGAUUAAAGUAUAGGUUCUGACCCCACCAGUUUUCCUUAGAGAGAAUAGGACGUCGAGAAAGACAGCGAGAGAGAAAGAGAGAGGGAACGAAAGAAAGAGACAGAAAGAAAGACAGAGAGAGAGAGAGAGAGCGUGAAAAAGAGAAGUUUCCCCCUUGACAAAUAACCUCUGGGGCACCCUCUUGCGGUCCGAGGAAUGUCCUGUGGAAUGAACAUCAAUCCCGGCGGUCAGCGGUUCCACAUGACACGGGCCAGUCUGGCCGGAGUGACAGCCAUAUUUAUAAAAGGGCUUUUAGUCAGGCGCUGGGCCAUUUAGGGGGAGAUUCCUCCCCAGAUAAGCACCAGGGUUUGACUUUGAGCUGUUCCAGCUGGCGCCCAUUAACACUCCCCCUGUGUGGUGUGGGGAGGGUGAAGGGGGGUGGGGCGAGAGAGGGAAAGAGGGAGAUGUGAGUAAAGAGAGAGAGAGAGGGGAAAGGAGAGAGCGAGAGAGGGUGGUGGGUGAAAGAAGACAAAGAGAGAGACAGGGAGAGAGGGAAAGAAAGAGGGAGAUGGAAAGGGGAAAAUGGUGUGUUAGCUAGAGAGAAUGAGAGAGAGAGAGAAGAGGAGACCCACAUCUGGAGGGGAGGAGUGGAAGGGGUGUUGGGGAAAGCUCUGAAAAAGCCUGGGAAAGUUUAACAUCUGGAGUCUAGGGGGGGCUAUCUCAUGUUAGUCCUGUGGAAGGUAGGCUAAACAUGAAAGCCUUACUCCUUAAAGAGAUUACCACAGUGGAGAUACUAGUGUAACUCACCUUUUUCUUCCAUUUACUUACUGUAUAACCUGAGUUUAUCGUGAACUGUGGGAGAUCUUUUGAGGUCACAUCAACUUUACACAUCUUAAGGAGUACACUAUAAGACCAUUAACAAGGUUCAAACUAAGGUAUCUUUAUUGUAAUAUCACAUUUUGUCUGCUCAUGCAAGAUAAGUAUGUUUAUGUUGAACCCUUUCUCUCCAGACUCACUGCCACACAGAACAUCAACAGCUCCUUCUGUGUCGGAUCUCCAAAGCAGUAUCAGCUGUGUCCAUUUCAGGUAUGCAUUUACACCAACACCAUGAAUUGAAUUUUCUCCUCUCAUUUUGGGAGUAUCAACCGAGUCAAGUCUCAACAACAGUAUUUGCUAGGCAUCUAUUAGCUUAUGCACCAUUGCCCUACCAAUUUCUAAUGGAUUAAGUUUACAAUGAUUCGGCUCCCCUUUAAAGGGGCAAUCUGCAGUUGCUACAUCAUUUUUGGACUUAUAAAUAAAGGAUGUAUACUCAUUGAUUCUUGAAGAAUAUACAGGUAGCUUAUAACUUCCUGAUGAGCUAAGAUCAACUGUCAUACCCUAUCAAAAUAUAAGCUUGUUUUACAUGUAAACAAACACUCUAUAGCCUCCAAAUAUGCUCAAAACUGUAAUUUUGAUAUCUUGGAUGGUCAGUCCUUGCAUCAAUAGCUCUGUCUACUGUAUGCAUUUAAGAGUGGUUACAUUUAUCCAGGCCCAUCCCUGAGCUUUUUACCAAAACAGAGGCAGGGUGAACCCUUUGUUAUUGUUUUUAACUGCAGAUUGCCCUGUUAAAGUGGAAUAUGAGCUUUAGACUGAAGAUGUUUCAGUGUCACAGUGUCACAGUCUAGAAAACAUGCAUUGCCUACUCUACUUCCAUUUGUUUCUGAGACUUGGUUUACUGUUGUCUCAUCUUUCUCCCCAGCCCUGCUUCAGUACCAGUGUCAGCUUCAAACAGCAGCAGUGCUCCCAGUUCAACGCCAAAGCCUUUGGCAGGAGACACUAUGAGUGGGUGCCCCUCUAUCCAGGUAAGCAAUUCAUUAGUCAUAGAUGGUUUUCAUUCUCUAAUAUGCUAUUUUUCCUUGUCUAUCUUGCUAGGUCCCAAUUAUCUCUCCUACCUAUAGAAGUGUGCAGUUGUUCACCUUCACUGAUUCGAAAGGAAAUGACUGGUAUAAGAAAUAUGGCGAAGACUCCCUCUAGCCCAUGCCUCCACCAAUCCUAUGCUUUUAGAUUUGUGGGAAGUAAUGAUCAUGUGCACACUUCAGGAGAAAGAAGCUUUUAUUGGGACGCACCCUCUAUUUCUCCUCUCUCCUUCUUCCUUUCUCUCUCAAGCUUUUGCCUAGUUGCAUUAAUUUGAUGUUCAUUUUUUGUCUUUCAUUCUCUUGUCUGACUCGUUUGGCUUUUGCCUGUCGGAAUCAGGAAACGAGUACCUUUCCAUAGAACAUCUUGCAUCAUGCUUUAAGGCCCCAGUCCAAGGCUUAUGUCAUCUUUAAACUCUGACUAUUAUGUCUCGGUUUCUAGGUAAAUGACAUAUAGACAUGACAAAUAAAAACAUUCUCAUUCAUAUCUAAUCGCAUUUGGGUCAAUUUCUCAAUCCCUCUAUAAUCAAAUCUCCAUUCUAGACAAUAACCUCAAGGACUGGCUUUUGUAGCUGGUGUCAAAACAGGCUUAAUGUACUUAAGAGUAUCUGAACAUUUCUUUAAGUUGUUCUCUGAUGUCACUUCCUGUUCCAGAUGACUACAUCAGUAUCUCCAACAAGCCGUGUGACCUCCAGUGCACCACCACCACGGGGGAGAGGCAGCUGCUGGUCCCGGCCCACGACGGAACCUACUGCCGGGAUGGCAUCUACCAGGGCGUCUGCAUCGAGGGCCAGUGUCAGGUGUGCCACAGGGAUCGGUAUUAGGACCAUUCAUUUUUUUUCGUGAUCAACCGCUUGAGUCUCUUUUGGUUCAAAGCAUCUGCCAAAUAAUGUCAAUCAAUGCACUUUGGGCCUAGGUCUGUAAUGAGUUGUUGCCAGGAGAUUUUAUACCUAGUUUUUCCUGGUCAGGUCAAAGGGUUAGGAAAAGGAUCCCAAACUAAUGAGGACUUUCUUCUCUUCUCUCCCCUGGUUGCCCUGUACUACAGACGGUGGGGUGUGACGGGAAGCUUUACUCCAGUAAAACGGUAGAUUCGUGCGGCGUGUGCGGCGGGAAUGGCAGCUCCUGCUACAGAGUGUCUGGAUCUCACCGGAAAGGGAGCACACAGUUAGGUAUAUCUUAAGUAGUAUCAAGAGGUUAUACAGUAUAUCCUACCUUUUUAAGUACCCUUUUAAACAUCAAUAAAAUCAAAGAGCCUUAAUCUCCAUGUCACAAUGUGCCUGGAAAUAAAGGCACAACUAAAGUGGGUGUUCUUGUUUUUUCCUUUGGAUCAGGUUAUGUGUUUAUCACCAACAUUCCUGUCGGUGCCACCGACAUCCAGAUCAUUGAGAGACGGAAAACAGAAAAUAUACUGGGUAAGAUCCAUAUCAUGUUGUAUUGAAUUUUAUUGGGAUACAGUAACUAGAAAUUGUGAAACUUAACAAGCAGAACAUGUUUUGGAGGACAUACAACCUUACAAGUUUGGGUUUUAACGUCAUAGUUACUAGAAUUAAGAAAUAUGAGCUGUUGUUGAUUUCCGCAUGAUUACCAUAGGCCCUAUCCAAUCAAAACUUGUGCCUGGGUUUGUGGAAUAAAUCUGAAACAGCAUUAAUUUAGCAAGAAAGUUGUUACAGCUGUUGUCCAUAAGAUUUUAUUGCUUUCCUCCAGCCCUAUCCGAUGAAGCAGGACAUUUCUUUUUCAAUGGGGACACAAUUAUCGACAAUCCCCGCAACUUCCGUGUUGCUGGCACAGUCUUCAAGUACAGGAGACCCGCUAACCUCUUAUCAGAUGGAUUUGAGUAUAUCAUCGCCCAAGGACCCACUGACCAGGGGCUAAACGUCAUGGUAGGUAUUUAGGUAUGUACUGUCUGUAGGUAACUAGGGCAUGUUUUCCAGUGAUUCCUCAAAUAGACAAUUGACAUGUUGGCUUUGUUGUAUAUGUGAUUGAAAGGCCUCUUACUCUUUUAUACAAGUACUACAACCUGAACGGAAAGAUGCCCCACAUCACAUAUGAGUACACCGUACCUCGCACCCCAGAAGCCCGCACAACAACCCCAGUAGCCUCACCUCCAGAGGAGGUCCAGAUACGAGCACUGUCCGUCGUUGAUCCAGUGGUCCCAGAACCGUGGCCAGAAAAAAUAGCCAACGACACCGCCACAGAACUCUCCUUCAAUGAUAAUGAGAUUGAGGCCAGCGAGGACUAUGGGAAGCUGGGAAACCAUAGUGGUGUUCUGGCCCCAGACGAGCCCCCUGAUGUAGACCAUGACCUGGAUCAUGACCAUGAAAGUCUUGUGUGGGAACUACAGGCUCCUCUCAACCUCAGUCACCCACCAGCCAUGCUGGUGUUCAGACCAGUCAGUGAGAUCUACCACAACAACCUGGAGAAUAAACUAGGAGACCAGGGACAUCCUGCACUGCCUAACUACAGUGAGUCUGAGUAUGAAGUUUAUAUCUGGGCUGUGUAUCCACUUGACUAUUUUACAGAGAGUUUAAACUUUAAAAUGUACAAACAUUGUUGUAUCUGUAACGGACAAGGACAUUGGCCUGUAGUCUGUCACUUUUAUUUGGGAAGUUUCUUAGAAGUAUAUUAUUGCGGGAUAUCAGGAAACGGUUUUGAUGCCCUUUUGUGAUGGGAAUGAUCAGUAUAAUCUUUUAUGAGAUUUUAAAUAAUUUGUCUAUGUAUUUUACAAGGGACAGACUCAAACUUGAUCGAUGGCGACUCUCCCGGUCCCAACGGCACCCACCGACCAUCCAAGCCCCUCCACAGGAGCCUGUUCCUGGACCUGCUAUCUGAGCCAGGAGGCCCCAGACAACCCUGCCAGGAUGGCUCCAAUCUCUGCCCUCUCCUGGAACUCAACACUAGCUCUUCCCUGGACAACAGCCUGGCCCAGCUGGAGAUCUACCCAGGCAGCCUCAACCUCCACGAGGGCACGGCUGUGGACAACGCCCCCUAUGGACUCCUUUUUGAACCAGAGCCCAACGGGACAGAGAGUUCCAACCUCGUCAACCUCCACCAGGUAGAGCCGGUACAGGCUCCCGACACAGAGAGGUGAGCUGCCUUGGUGGACGGGUGGACGGAAGACUUUGGGGAGUGGAUGUGAGGAGGGUCUGCCCCAUUAUAUGUGCUUUUGUUGGUUGUUAUUUGUUGGUGUGCUUUUUCCCCAAUGGUACCUACCUUUAUAUUAAGUAGAUACAUUGUUAGGUUACAUUUGGUUAGGUUCAAUCACCUUUCUCCCUCUGUGUCUCUCUCUAUCUCUUUCUUCCAUUCUCCGGUUUUGUGCUUCUUCCUCCCUUUCUCUCCCAAUGUGUUCCAGCAGCAAUGAGUUUGAGGUGGGAUUGCUAGACCAUGACAUCAGCCUUGCUGACAUGUACAGAUGGAAGGUAUCUGCGUAUGCACCCUGCAGUUCAACAUGUACCACAGGUGCAGCUACCAGCCACACCACACAUACUGUGUACACAGACACACACACAUUGUACACACACUUUAUACACAUAUUCUCACACACGUUCACAUACAUUACACAAACAUAGACACAUACCGGUACUGGCAAAUCACUUAGUGUCUCUUUUCUCCAAAUUGAUCAUACCUCUCACUAAAUAUACGUUAGUCUCAUUAACCAAAUUAACAUAAAGGAUACAUGUUCACUGGGAUAUUUUGUUUAACCCUGAUUGUUCAACAGCUGUGUGAGUUUCAGUAUUAUAUUGGUCAUGGUAGUCUAUGUUUCCUUGCCAGGUAUCAGUACGUCCUACGCCCUGUGUGUCCGCUAUGACGGCUCUGAGGUGGAUGAGACUUACUGUGACGCCGUGACCAGACCUGAACCCACACAUGAGUUCUGCACCGGGAAGGAGUGUCCACCAAGGUCAGAUAUCACACAUGAUCAGUUUCACUCCAACAUCAGAUUGGAGUCCUCGUGGACCAGUAAAUAGUAUUCUGAAUUAUAUUCCGUUGGCUAGGACCUGAUGCUGUGAGAAUAAUUACUGGAUUUAUAGCUCCUUUGAUGCAAUAUGCCUGUUGGCAUUAAGUCUGCCAUUCUCUUCACACAAAUAAUAACCUUUCUCUAGGACAAUUGUGACCGACUGGAGUUCGAACCCUGUUGUCCUGCAUGCCAUAAGAUUGUGUUAGCCAGCGGAGCUAAAGCCUUACACUAACCAUUAUACUUGGGCUGACUGGGUCUUCAUCCUGUGUUCAAGGUGGGAGACCAGUCGGUGGAGUGAGUGUUCGAGGACGUGCGGCGAGGGAUACCAGUUCCGUACGGUGCGCUGCUGGAAGAUGAUGGCUCCAGGCUUCGACAGCUCUGUGUAUGACGAGCUGUGUGUGGCUGCAGAGCUGCAGAAACCAAUGGCACGCAAGGCCUGCAAGAGCAAAGGCUGUGGCCCACAAUGGGAAGUCUCUGACUGGUCUGAGGUGCGUUUGUGUGUGUGUGUGUGUGUGUUUUUGAUUGUGUAUCUGACAAGAAAUCUUUAAGAUAGAAAUGGAUCUUAAAGUAUGUGUUCUGGGGAUCAGUAGGAACCAUAUGAAGUUGUAAAAUGUUAGCUAUCAUACUCCAUCUCUCAGGAAUGAAGGAUCAUAAUAGUGUGUUCUCUGAGCAUUGAUGGAGGGCAGUGUGGUUGUUUCUCUCUUGCAGUGCUCAGCUCGGUGUGGGGGACGGGGUUUGAGGAGUCGGGAGGUGCGCUGCUCCAUGGAGACACGUCUGUGUAACGAAUCCUCACGACCACUCAGUGAGAAGGAGUGUGAGGGACCGCCCUGUGACCGCAGGUGGACUGUUUCUGACUGGGGCCCUGUGAGUUAACCACCCUCAGCUGCACAAAGGUCUUAGCCUAGGCAUAGCUAACACCCAGGGUUUUUCCUGGUCCAGUCACAUGGUCAGGAAAAAACACCUUUACCUAUAUAGGUUCAGGAACUACACUCAGAUCGUCAUGUUAUUAGGCUGUGACAGCAAUAAUAUGGGCUGAAAAAUAAUCUUGAUAUUGUAUUUUUGAUAAUAUAUAAUUGAUAUGAAAUCAAUACAUCUACUCUUGAUCUUGAAUAAGCUCUCCCUCGUUGUUACUUUGUUUCCCUCUAUCCCGCUUUCUCAUUUCCCUGUCAUCACUUGUCUCUCUCAUACACUCUUUCUUACUCUCCCUCCCUCUCUUUCCCUCCUCCCUUCCUCCCCCUGGCUGUCUGCGUACUCUCUAAGUGUUCAGGAGCCUGUGGCAAGGGUAGGAUGACACGUUAUGUGGUGUGUAAGAACAGCAACGGCAACGUGAUCUCUGACGGCCAGUGUGACCUGGACCUCAAGCCCCUGGCUGUGUACCCCUGUGGGGACAAGAACUGCCCCGCACACUGGGUGGAACAGGAGUGGGAACAGGUGAGUGUACUGUAGCUUUAUGUAGAAGAAUGACUUGCCUAGCAGAGUAUUCACAACAGCUUCUCAAUACAUGUCAGAUCUUUUAUUUGAGAGUUCAACAUAGUUCAGCUUCAGUCGUUUCUAUUUCAUUCAACUUAAUUCAAUACACUUAACAAACAUUUUCAUAGUAGCUUAAACAAACAUUGUCAUAGUAAUAACGCAACAAACAAGUCCAGGCUUUACAGCAAGGUCAAAACUUGUACCACUGUGUGAAAUGCAUGAUUCACAGGGGAACUACAUGUAAGAUGACAGAGAACUCUCUGGCUGUGGUGGUAACAGUCUUCCUCUCUCCCUGUGUACCAUCAGUGUAACGCCACCUGUGGGCGGGGGGUGAAAACGCGGCAGGUGGUCUGUUCAGGCCUGGAGGACGGUGUGUUCAAGGAGUUUCCCGAGCAGAUGUGUGACUCUGCCCUCAAACCUGAGGAGAGCUCCGCCUGCUUCGAGAGGCCCUGCUCCAAGUGGUUCACCACUUCCUGGUCUCAGGUACCUGUCAUUAGAGCAAUCCAACCGCUGUCACUGUUACUCACUUACUUUGGACCAUCAAUGACUCCUCUCCAUCGCACUCUGUUUUAGGCAGUCUCCUCUAGCUCAUUCCACUGUCAUUUAGACAAUUCUAUCAGUGUUUAUGCCAUAGUUUAGUAGUUUAUGCUAAAUAAAUACGGCAGGGUUUGUGUGAUGCUCUCACUCUCUCUCUUCUCAAGCACAAUACAAAAUGUGGCCGUUAGUCACUUUUUGUUCCUGCGUGUGAGUAAUGUCAUUGCUUUUCCUCUCCUCCCAUCACAGUGCAGUAAGACAUGUGGCAGCGGGGUGCAUGUUCGGGAGGUAAAGUGCUACCAGGGGGAGGAGCUAGGCCACAGCUGUGACUCCGCCCUCAAACCUGAGGCCGGGCAGACGUGUGAGGUGCAGGCCUGUCCCACAGAGGCCCCAGGUAGGAAGAACGCUGUCUGUCUGGCUAACUGUCUGUCUGUCAAAAUGGCCACUGUAAUAUUGUCCCCCCUCUUCUCCCCUAGUUGAAGAGGUGUGUCAGGACAAGGCGACGGCCAACUGUGCCCUGGUGCUGAAGGUGAAACUGUGUACACACUGGUACUACAGGAAGGCCUGCUGCCAGUCCUGUAAGAGCAAGGCCCCGUAAGGGCCAGGGGCCACAGGCCAGGGGCCUGCACUCACAAUGGCCCCCCACAGAAUGUGAAGACAGUCCCCAUACAGGACACCUUGCACUGUGCCCUGGACUCUUUUCCUUUAGAUUGUAGACUUGACCUAUAGCCUGGUUCCAGAAGUUCUAUGGCCUGUAGCCAACUCUGACUUGUUUUCAUGCCAUAGCUACAGGUAACUGCCGAAAUAAUGGAAACACCAACAUAAAGUGUCUUAAUAGGAUGUUGGGCCACCACGAGCUGCCAGAACAGCUUCAAUGUGCCUUGGCAUAGAUUCUACAAGUGUCUAGAACUCUAUUGGAGGGAUGUGACACCAUUCUUCCAUGAGAAAUUCCAUCAUUUGGUGUUUUGUUGAUGGUGGUGGAAAGCGCUGUCUCAGGCGCCGCUCCAGAAUUUCCCAUAAGUGUUCAAUUGGGUUGAGAUCUGGUGACUGAGAUGGCCAUGGCAUAUGUUUUACAUCGUUUUCAUGCUCAUCAAACCAUUCAGUGACCACUCAUGUCCUGUGGAUGGGGGCAUUGCCAUCCACUCCCAUCAGGAUAGAAAUGAUUCACCAUAGGUUGAAGGUGAUCACCAUCGGUUGGCCUUUACCUUAUAAUAUAAAUAAUAUGCCAUUUAGCAGACGCUUUUAUCCAAAGCGAUUUACAGUCAUGUGCGCAUACAUUUUUACGUAUGGGUGGUCCCGGGGAUCGAACCCACUACCCUGGCGUUACAAGCGCCAUGCUCUACCAAUUGAGCUACAGAGGACCACACCUUGCCCUCUAAGGGGUUGAGUGGACAUAAACCAUGCCAGGAAAAUGCACCCCACAUCAUAACAGAGCUGUCAGAACCCUCAUUUACUCAAGUGUUUCCAUUAUUUUGGCAGUUACCUGUACAUGUUUGGAAUGGUAAGAAACGAACAUUGCAGAGAGGGGUUCCAUAAAGCACACAUAAACCAGGCUAGAAUUGUCCCCCAAUCUCUCCUCCCUCCCUAACCACCUCCAGAACCUCACCCACUCCAUCUUCUUCCCUAACCCAAGACCUUCCACCUCUCUACCCCCUUUCCCCCCAAAGCAAAAAACCCUGGGAGCCAGACCAACUCCCACCAAAGGUGCUAUAAUACCCUGGGCGUCGCUCAGUAACCGCUCAGUAACGUUACAACCCCCCAAAGGCAGCUCCUGUUACGUGACUGCAUAUCGAGCUGGAUCCACAGCUCCACGGUCAGGAGAGACCAACCGCAGAGACUCACGGUCCGAUCGUCCAACCGUGGCUCGACCACUCAGUACACGGUCUCUCCACCUCUUCUGCUGUAG